AGGCUCAGUUAACGAGUAGCAGCCAUUGAUGAAAGCCGAGGUAUAGGGCUGGGCACUGGAGUUUCGGCAAUUUUUUUAAUUUACAUUUUUUUUCUCGUUUGAAACUUUUGUAUUUAUUUAUACCUUUUAGAAAUGGAGAUGAAGAAGAGAAUCAGUUUAGAGUUGAGGAACAGGACUCCAGUUGAGGUGGCCGAGUUGGUGGUAGACAACUGUCGCUCGAGCGAUGGAGAGGUGGAGGGCCUGACAGACGACUUCAAGGAGCUGGAGUUUCUCAGUAUGGUCAACGUGGGCCUGACUUCCCUGGCCAAGCUGCCCUCUCUGCCAAAGCUGCGCAAGUUGGAGCUCAGUGACAACAACAUCUCAGGAGGUCUGGAGACGCUGUCGGAGAAGUGUCCCAACCUGACAUACCUGAACCUGAGCGGCAACAAGAUCAAGGAGCUCAGCACAGUGGAAGCGCUGCAAAACCUGAAAAACCUGAAGAGUCUGGACUUGUUCAACUGCGAGAUCACCACUCUGGAGGAGUACCGGGAGAGCAUCUUCGAGCUGCUGCCUCAGGUCACCUACCUGGAUGGCUUUGACCAGGAGGACAACGAGGCGCCGGACUCUGAGGCUGAUGGUGAUGACGAAGAUGAUGAUGAUGAUGAUGAGGAAGGAGCAGGCCCCACAGGAGACUGUGAAGAUGACGACGAAGAUGAUGACGACGAUGAGGGCUCGGAGGGUGGUGAUGAGGUUGGGCUGUCUUACCUCAUGAAGGAGGGGAUCCAGGAUGAAGAGGAUGAUGAUGACUACGUAGAGGAGGAAGAGGACGAAGAUGAAGAUGGGGCUGCAGCCCAUGGAGAGAAGCGAAAACGAGACCCCGAAGAUGAGGGAGAGGAUGACGACGAAGACGACGACUAGCCCUGCCCGAACCCAAACACGGGAUCCAGAACUAAGCUGUAGAACAACGGGGGGAAAGUGUGAUUUUCAGAUUCAGUUCUUUGUUAUACCAUAGAUAUCACUGUAGAAGCUGUGUUUCUUUUUAUAUAUAAAUGUAUAUUACACAAGAAAGGAAAGGUUUUAACAAUUCAUUUGUAAUCAUUCCAAGUUUUUUUUUUCCCCCCGCUAUUGUCUUGUUAAUGAGGGGUGCGAGGGGAAUGGGUGUAGCGUUCAUUAAAAUCUGUGAGCCAAGGGCUAGUUGCCUGCAGACGGCUAAAUUGGGUUCACUUGAAAUCAGACGUGCACGAUCAGUUAAGAACUGUAUGCCUUGUUCCAAAUUUGCGUCUUGCGCCGCUCACAUAAUGGUGGCUAUGGUGUUGUCAUCUUGUUGUUAGCUAUCUGUGUGACUUUCCUAAAACCUUAGUAAUCUAGAGUAAAACUUCUGCUUCUACUUGUCUGGGUUCUACUAAGGUUGGUGUGAAUGCAGUGUCUGCCAACAAAACAGGCCAGAUAUUAUUUGAUAAGUGCAGCAACAUUUGACUAGUGAAAUGCUGACCUUGGAACAUACCCAGAAAUUUGCCUGAAACUGGUUACCCUGUGCUGUUUUGUGGGGUUGCGAUUUCCCAGUGCUUUUGUAUAGGAUAGGACUUUUAUCUUAGUGUGUCCCUUCAUGAACCUCAUAUAUUAGUCCAACCACAGUUGAAGAGUCCUCAUGAGUUAUCAUUGGUGUGUGUGUGGCAUUAUAGGGAGGUACUGGAAAGUAAUUUUUAUUUUAUUUUAUUCUAAUGCUAGUGUUGGUCCUGGAGACACAAUGGGUACAUUUACACGGACACAUAUUCCUAUAUUCCGAAUAAGACGAUAUCCCGAAUAAGUGUAAACAACAUAUUCUGAUGAAAGGCCUUAUUUUGAAUAUGGCAUAUUUUGAUUAAGAUGUGGCAUAUGGCGAUAUUAUUCGGGUUAUUGGAGCACUAUUGGUCAUGUAUAUUUUUUUGAAUAUCCAUUUCUAUCGGGGUGUUUUCACAACAGUUUGCAACACAUACGGCCUGAGGGUGUUGUUUACGGUCAGCCCUGCUGUUACUAGGCUACCCAUGGUUUUUUAAUAUGAGCCAACCCGCUUGUAGUUUGCAGGGUGCACGGAUGGAAGGCCCUGCAAAAAACGAAACAACAUUUUUCGAUGGCGGGAAAAUUUUCUACUUAAAAAUGUUUUUUAAAGGUAAACAAAAGAAUAAGGGAUGUAACGUUACAUGACCAUUUUACAUUUGAUCAAACUGCACGGCUACAGGUAAACAGGAAUAUUGAAAACAUUUGUUUAUCAGUAACCGUGUAAACCGCUUAUUUGGAAUAUUGUUUUAUUCAGAAUAAUGGCAAUAACCAGAAUAGUGUGUGCAUGUAAAUGUAGUCAGUGUUGCAUGGGGUUUAAGGUCAAUGAAAACCUUGAGAUAAUGACCUGAACAUGUUCAUUCCAACCAUUUGUCUCCAUUCAAAAGCUCAGGUGGACCAGAUUUAAGGGUCUUGCAGAUCUCCAGGGGCCUAACCGGUCAUCUCACCAUGUCUGAAAUCAUGUACCAUUCACUUCUGUCAAGCUGUGGACAAAAACGAGCUUUUCCAUUUUUUUAAAAAGUAUUUUACUGAGCAAGAAGUUUAAUCAUGUUUGUAUUGCAAUAUGUAUAUAGUAUCUGUUCCAACUCUUUGUAUCUCCUGCGUAGAUGGUGUUUUUGUUUUUUUUGGUUUUUUUUUGUUUGUUUUUUUGGGGGGAAGGGGAUCAUAUUUGGUCCUUUUUUUAAAUGUAUACAAAGCACAGGUCAGGAGGUAAAGAUUCAAGUCCAUGACACAAUAGUUUUUAUUUUCUGUCCUCUGCUGUUGUGACAGUUCUGUGUUUGGUGUUUGUGUGCAGUAAACUUCUAGAGUGUUUUUAAAAUAAAAAGGAAAGUUGUUUAAAAA